UCUAGAAUGCUGUAUGACCAGCCUGACAUCCUCAAACCACCGAGAUCAGAUGUACUAUUGGUAACACCUUGGCUUGCCCCAAUUGUAUGGAAUGGAGUGUUUAACAGGGACAUACUGAAUGCACAGUUCCAUCACAUAGAUGUCCACAUUGGGCUUACUGCGUUUGCCAUUAAAAAAUAUGUUCUGUUCCUCAAAACAUUUAUUGAGUCAGCUGAAAAGUUCUUUAUGGUCAGACAUAAGGUCACCUAUUACAUCUUCACUGACCAUGACAAUAUUUCUAAUUUCACUUUGGCUGAUGGUCGAAAGCUGGUCAUCCUGAAAGUGCCUGCCUAUGAAAGGUGGCAGGAUGUUACCAUGGGACGUAUGGAGAUGAUCCGAGACCAAGCAAUUAAGAAGUUCAGCAAAGAGGUAGACUACUUGGUGUGCGUUGACGUAGAUAUGAUCUUCUUGGAGGAGGUUGGGGUGGAGAUCCUAAGUGAUAUCUUUGGAACCUUACAUCCUGGCUUUUUUGGAGCUUUACAGAGUGAAUUUACUUAUGAACGCAGGGCAGAGUCAGCUGCCUACAUUCCAUUUGAUGCUGGUGACUUUUAUUACGCUGGAGGAAAUUUUGGUGGUGUCAUUGAAGAGGUCAUCAGACUCACCAACUUCUGCCACAAUGCCAUGCUGGAGGACAAACAGAAAAACAUUGAGGCACUUUGGCAUGAUGAAAGCUACUUAAAUAAAUACUUUCUAUCUUACAAGCCAACUAAAGUCCUCUCCCCAGAAUAUAUUUGGAACAAUUAUUACGGAUCUCCAAAUGCCAUGCCUUUUGGUUUUAACUCCUGGCCAGCCUAA